GUAUAGAAUCAACACCAAAGGAUUCGAGGGGAAGAUGUAUAGUGGAUUGCCUCUCGAUAGUUCACUACUUUUAUCAAAACUCUGAGGAACAUACAGGUGUCAGAUGAGUAAAACAAUGUUUAUACGCUCCAGGAAUAUCUCCAUAACAUAGAGAGGUAUUCUUUGCAUGUGAUAUAAGAGUGAUGGAGAAGAACACAUUUCACAUUUAUUCUGCCAUUUUGGUUGCGUUGGUUACCAUCUGCUACCACAAUGCAUUGCAAUGUGGAUUUGUGUUUGAUGACAUAUCAGCCAUCAAGGAGAAUAAGGAUCUACGACCGUCAUCGCCACUAUCGAACUUGAUGUGGAAUGACUUCUGGGGAACGCCGAUGCAUAAGGAAGGAAGUCAUAAAUCGUACCGUCCAAUCUGUGUUCUGACUUUCCGUAUCAAUUAUGGUUUGGGAGAACUUGACCCUGUGGGUUAUCACUUGGUCAAUGUCAUCCUACACGCUGUCGUUUCCGUCAUGUUUUUGAAAAUGUGCACGCAGUUCUUCAGUGAUACAACUAGUUUUAUAGCGUCUUUGUUAUUUGCACUCCAUCCGAUACAUACCGAGGCAGUCACAGGGGUCGUAGGAAGAGCUGAACUCUUAGCCUCAAUCUUUCUUCUACAAGCCUUUAAAAAUUACAUAGAAUGCACUGGAAAAGAUCGGCCAAUCGAUUGGUUUCAUUUAGUCAUGACAAUGGUGUUUGUUUCGUUGGCUACUAUGUGCAAGGAGCAAGGCAUCACAGUUGUUGGUGUUUGUUGUGUUUAUGAGGUUUUCGUUGCCCAGAAGCUUUCAUGCAUGGACCUUCUACAAAAUGCAAGAUCAUGGCUGUCGGGAAAAGUAGCAUUUCCAGGGGCCCUUAAAUUAUCAUUCUACCGUAUUCUAUUCCUAGCAUUCGGUACCUUCCUGUUGCUGUAUGCACGACUCCAAAUAAUGGGAUCCACACUUCCUGUAUUUACAAAUUUUGACAAUCCAGCUUCACAGGCUUCAUAUCCAGCCCGCCAUCUCACCUAUUGGUACUUGCUUCCAAUCAAUGCUUGGUUGCUGCUUUGCCCAUCUAAACUGUGCUGUGAUUGGACAAUGGGUACUAUUCCACUUGUUGAGUCAUUCCAUGAUCCUCGUAACUUAGCAACAGUUCUCUUUAUCUUCAUCCUUGGAAGUUUGGUUCUAUAUGUUGUUGUCAACAGUAACCACCUGUCUAAACAAGUCAUUAUGUGCCUAGCAUUCCUCGUGCUCCCGUUCAUUCCCGCCAGUAACUUGUUCUUCCCUGUAGGAUUUGUAGUAGCGGAACGUAUACUGUAUAUGCCUAGCAUGGGAUUCUGCAUGUUGGUAGCUCUUGCAUUCCAACUUGUUAAUGAAAACUUUGGUGCUAAGCGGCAAGUAUUUGCUGUACUUUCUCUACUUUUGUUAGCAUAUGGCUCCAAGACAUUUAGGAGAAACUACGACUGGCAGUCAGAAUAUACCUUGUUUGCAUCUGGUCUUAAAGUGAAUACACAAAAUGCCAAAUUGUGGAAUAAUGUUGGACACUCACUAGAGAGUGAAGAGCGCCAUGAGGAGGCUUUACAUUACUUUCUCCAAGCAUCCAGAGUCCAGCCAGAUGACACUGGUGCUUGGAUAAAUGUUGGCAGAGCCUAUAAGAACAUUCAAGAAUACGAAAAAGCAGAGGAUGCCUAUCGCCACGCCAUCACACUCAUGCCAACGGUAGUUCCAGGGAAGAUGUACACAACUAGAAUAGCGCCCUCAUACCUAAAUGCAUACAUCAAUCUUGCAAACUUAAUCAAGAACAACAAUACAAGAUUAGAAGAAGCUGAUACACUUUUUCAGAGAGUGAUAACAAUGCGGCCAGAUCUAACGACGGCAUACAUCAACCGUGGAGAUGUCCUCCUACGAUUAAAUCGUUCAUUUGAUGCCGAACAGUCUUUCAGAACGGCUCUUGAACAUGAUCACGACAAUGCUGAUAUCCAUUAUAACCUCGGAGUCAUAUACCUUGAUAGAGGAGAAUUACGUGAAGCUUUUCAGUACUUUAAUAAGGCUUUAGAAUUGAACCCAGACCACAUGCAGGCCUUAUUUAAUACUGCAGUUACCAUGCAAGAGUCCAGGAACCCAGGUCUACGGACAGAAGCAACAAGGAGGUUGAAGAAAGUUCUCGCACAAGACCCACAUAACGCAAAAGCUUUCUUCAAUCUUGCGGCUCUCUCUAUGGAUAGCGGUGAAACUGACCAAGCAGAAAUGCUCUUUAAAAAAGCAUUAGAGAUUGAGCCAUUGUUUCGAGGUGCCUUGUUUAAUAUUGCCUUACUUUAUUCAAACAAUAACAGAAGCAGGGAGGCAAUCCCUUAUUUACAAACAUUAUUACAGGCAUACCCAAGACAUACGAAAAGUUGGAUUUUAUUAGGAGAUAUUUACAUCAAUACAUUAAAGCAGGUUCCAGAAGCAAAAUUGUGUUUUCAGAAGACAGUGGAGAUUGAUCCGAAUAACAUCCAGGGCCAACACAACUUGUGCGUUAUUUACGUCGAGGAAGGGAACCUUGAGAUGGCUAAAAAGUGCCUUGAAAAGGUUGUGAGAAUGGCACCGGGAGAGAGGUACAUCAGGAAACACUUGGAAAUUGUUCGUAACCGAAUCGAGAAACAAGAACGUAUGAAGCUACAAAAUAAACAGAUAAAUGAUGAAAAACUAAACAACUCCAAUCGAUACGGUGCUAAGUAGUUUGGAAUUACACUCCAUAGCAUCCAACAGGUAUACUUAUGCUAUUCAGGAUAAUGGGCUCUCAAUGUGUUGAAUGUUAAAACAUGUGCAUUAUCCAUAAAAAAAAAUGUUAGAGCAUGAUCUUGGAAUUUGGCAUUUUAAUCAGUUUGGCAAGAUUACUUUUUAUACCUUGUUUAGUGAACUUUAUUUACUGAAUGUCGGGUGGAGGGAAUAAAUUGAGAUUCGAUGGUACUACUAAAAGCACAUACUGUAGCUGGACAUAGAAAAUGUAAAUGCAAUUUUUUUUACGAAUAAAUUAAAAUCGAAGUGUGUGAUGUAAAAAAGUUAUAAAGGGUGCCCUCACUUGUGACACAGUCGCAUGGUAAUAAAACAUGUGAUAUUCGAUGGAAACAGUUCAAUAAUCAAAUUGAUAAAUGCUUUGUAUUUAUAAAAUUGUGUUAAAAAAAAUAUAUAUAUUUUAUUUUUGGUUAUUUCAUGGAAGCAGGGGUGAUAAAAAUAAAUUUCAUUUUUUUUUUUCUGUAAUGCAGAUGUGUCACCAAUUUUUAAAUUCAAAAUCUGUGGGGUGCAGUCUGCUGGUUCGCAAAGCAAGGUAUAAAAAAGUCUUGCCUAAGGUUGUGCAAUUUUAAUCAUAUGUCAAAAAUAAUAACAUGAUAUCUGCAGCCUGUGAUGAUGGAUGAUCUGUUGAUAAUGUUUUCCUAUCUAAAAGAGAAUUAACCUGUUAUCCAUGAAUCACUUCUAUAAAAAGAAAAUGGAGACUGAUAAUAGAGAAGGGAACUUCCAUUUUGCUCCAUAAUGACUAAAAUGUUAAUGGCAGUCUAUUUUUGAUGACUGUAAAUUUUCCAUUUAAUGAAGUCUUAAUCAAUUCAGAAUUGAAUACAAGUAAUAAUUAAGUAAUGAAUUUAUUAAUAUGUUGGACCAAUGAUUUAAAUAUUUGAGGUAGAGUAUAAUGUUAUUCCGAAGCAUUGUGAAAGCAUUCUGAAGAAGGAUAGCAAUUCUUCUAUUAAGACCAAAUCAAAAAUUGUUGAUGUUUUUUAAGAAUCAAUUUGAGAUUUUCAAAUUAUUAACAGUACUCAUUAAUUCUAGAUUUUUAUGUUAAUUUUGAAUCAGUGACCAACAUGGACAUUAUGAAUUUUUUAAUUUGUUAUAAAUAUUUAGUUUAUUUUAGAUACUGAUAACGACUACCCAUCUAAAGAUUUAUAAUUCUAAUCAAUAAUACAGCAUUCAUAUAGAUAUAUAUAUAUGGAUAUAUUAUAUAAUUAUGUAUAAAUUUAUACAUAUAUAUUAUAUAUAUGUAUUUAUAUCUACUUAUAAGGGUGUAAAUAUACAAAUCUUUUAUGUAUAAAUGUUAUGUAUAAAUGAAGAAUAUUUUAGGUACAUUUUUGGGUCAUUAACUAAAACCAAAGUGAAUUUAUACAACCCUAGUUAGCGUUGAUAUGAGUUUCACCAAAAAAAAAGAAUUGAUUUUAUUGUGAUUUAUAAGAAAAACAAAGUAAAAUUUAUGCUAUUAACGCAAAAAACAGAGCCCACCAAAAAGCAGUGAAGUUCUUGCUGCAUGUUUUAUGGCGCUUACAUGUUCUGAAUGUUUGUUGAGUGUAAAUUUCAUGUUUUCAGGAGGUGAAAAAGGGUUGCACAAGUUUGCAGGUGUUUGUGAAAUUAUUUUUUAAACUAAUACUUGUCACCUGCUCCAUUGUAAAUGGGUUCGCUGUUUUUUGUUUUUGUUCAAUGGAAUCAAUUUAAAAUUGACGUCCUUCGCCUCUUUAUUAAAUAUUGAAAUAAUACUGUAUUUUCUUAUCAAAAAUCUUCUUUCUGCCAAAUUUAUAUUUUUGCAUAUUAUUAUUAUUGGUAGACCUAUUAAUUGAUAUAAUUAUCAAAGCUAUUUCAAGUGAGCGUGGUUUAGAUUUGAUCUCAAAUUUGAGGUGAGAAGGUCAAUCCCUUAUUGAAUUGUGCUUGUGAGCUUGGGCAAGGCACUUUACUUACGGUUGUCCCCACCCAUGGCUUUAAGUGGGUACCUGGUAGGUUCAAACACUAUAUGCUAAUUACUGCUGCAAUUAUAUGGUAUGUUUCAUAGGCAUUUGUCCCCAUGGCUGGGAUAAUAAUGUAGUAAGCACAUAUAUAUCUUGAUAAAUAUGUGCAUUAUAAAUCUAUCACUUGUUAUUAUUUUUACUGUGACUGUCAAUUUAUUUUUCUUUACAUCUUUUCAGAUAUGUGAUAAUUCAUUUUUAUGGACAUAGAUAUCUAAUACAUUCAUAUUAAGACCACGUUUUUCCAAAAAAAAAAAAAAAACACUCAACAACCUUGAGUGAGAUAUUCACCACACAGCUAUGUGCCGUUCCUUGGUGUGUUUAUAUGUUCGUGUGUGUGAGUUUAGUGUAUUAUUUGUUCAAUAAAAAAUGUUUAUUCUUUAAUUGUACAUUGUAUAAGAAAUGAAAAUAUUAAUGUUUUUCUCUUGCUGUUGAAUAUUCUCUAAUUCUGUUGUACAUAAUGAAAUGGAAAUAUUUUGUGAUUUAUUUGAAUCAGUUUGCGACGAAAUACAAUUAUAAUAAAAUUGGACCUAUUUUAUAUGAAA